UCCGCUGCAGCCGUAGUGGGCGGUGAGAGAGAGGGGCAGCAGUUUGAACCGUGGCCGGACACAUCGCCUAGAAGACGGGAGGUGGAAGGAACCGGUGUUAAUAUAACCUGUAAACUGUGCUGAAGCUGAGGCUAGACGGGCCGGGCUGCUGCUGGUUGCGUGUGCCGACUGUAGGUGCUUAAAGCCGGCGUCCCUCCUCCAGAGCUAACCGCUAGUUAGCCUGCCGAGCUAGCCAUCCGAGCUAACCUGAAGCUAAUAAUCCUCCAAAACACACACAAAGGACGACUUUACGCGUGUUUGUUGUUAUCAAUCUCGACUCGCUCCGUUGGAUGAGGACGGAGGAGACACCUGUACAGGGUGAUCAUGGUGCUGACCGGGAAGCGUUCGGAGAAGGGCCCCGCCUGCUGGAAGAGGAGAGUGAAGUCUGAGUACAUGAGGCUUCGGCAGCUGAAACGCUUCAGACGAGCCGACGAGGUCAAGAGCAUGUUCAACACCAACCGUCAGAAGAUCAUGGAGCGGACUGACAUUUUGAACCAGGAGUGGAAGACCAGGCGGAUCCAGCCGGUUCACAUCAUGACGUCUGUCGGCUCCCUGAGAGGCACCCGAGAGUGCACGGUGGACAGCGGAUUCUCCGAGUUCCCGAGGCAGGUCAUCCCCCUGAAGACCCUCAACGCUGUGGCCUCGGUCCCCGUCAUGUACUCCUGGUCACCGCUGCAGCAGAACUUCAUGGUGGAGGAUGAGACGGUGCUUCAUAACAUCCCUUACAUGGGAGACGAGGUCUUGGACCAGGACGGCACUUUCAUAGAAGAGCUCAUCAAGAACUAUGACGGCAAAGUCCACGGAGACAGAGAGUGCGGCUUCAUCAACGACGAGAUCUUCGUGGAGUUGGUCAGCGCUCUGUCGCAGUACAGUGACAACGAGGACGAUGAGGAGGAGGAAGAGCCGGAAUUCAAAGUAGACAAGAUGGAGCUGUGUGACGGCAAGGAGCACCCAGAGGACCCCCGCAAGGAAGGCAUCAUCAACAAUGAGAGUCGAACCAGCAACGACAGCACCAAGAAGUUUCCUUCGGACAAGAUUUUUGAAGCCAUCUCUUCCAUGUUCCCCGACAAGGGCUCAACGGAGGAGCUGAAAGAGAAGUACAAGGAGCUGACGGAGCAGCAACUGCCCGGCGCUCUGCCCCCUGAAUGCACGCCAAACAUCGACGGCCCCAACGCUCGCUCUGUGCAGCGCGAGCAAAGCCUGCACUCCUUCCACACGCUGUUCUGUAGACGCUGCUUUAAAUACGACUGCUUCCUCCACCCUUUCCACGCCACUCCAAACACGUAUAAACGUAAGAACUUGGAGAACCUGGUGGACAGCAAACCCUGUGGCGUCGACUGCUACAUGUACCUGGUGCAGGAUGGGAUGGUGAGGGAAUACCCAGCAGGAGUAGUGGCAGAGCGGGCAAAGACUCCUUCCAAACGGACGGUUGGACGCCGCCGCGGGCGACUGCCAAACAGCAACAGCCGACCGAGCACACCGACCGUUUCCUCGGAGACCAAAGACACCGACAGCGACCGUGAAGGCAGCAAAGACGACGAGCGGGACAACGACAAAGACGACGAUGACAAGAAGGACGACAACACCAGCAGCUCCGAGGGAAACUCACGCUGCCAGACUCCGGUGAAGAUGAAGCUGACCGGUGAGGCUGAGGCGGUGGAUUGGAGCGGGGCUGAGGCUUCUCUGUUUAGGGUUCUCAUCGGGACUUACUACGAUAACUUCUGCGCCAUCGCACGACUCAUAGGCACCAAGACCUGCAGACAGGUUUAUGAGUUCAGGGUCAAGGAGUCGAGCAUCAUCGCUCGCGCUCCUGCUGAAGACGAGGACACACCACCGAGGAAGAAGAAGAGGAAACACAGACUGUGGGCGACUCACUGCAGGAAGAUCCAGCUGAAGAAAGAUGGCUCAUCCAAUCAUGUGUAUAAUUACCAACCAUGUGACCACCCGCGGCAGCCCUGUGACUCCUCCUGUCCCUGCGUCACCGCUCAAAACUUCUGCGAGAAGUUUUGCCAGUGCAGCUCUGAGUGUCAGAACCGGUUCCCAGGCUGUCGGUGCAAAGCCCAGUGUAACACCAAGCAGUGUCCCUGCUACCUGGCGGUCAGGGAGUGUGACCCCGACCUCUGCCUCACCUGCGGCGCUGCGGACCACUGGGACAGCAAGAACGUCUCCUGCAAGAACUGCUCCAUCCAGAGAGGAGCCAAGAAGCACCUCCUGCUCGCCCCGUCAGAUGUGGCCGGUUGGGGAAUCUUCAUCAAAGAGCCAGUCCAGAAGAACGAGUUCAUCUCUGAGUACUGUGGAGAGAUAAUCUCUCAGGAUGAAGCGGACCGCAGAGGGAAAGUCUACGACAAAUACAUGUGCAGCUUCCUGUUUAACCUCAACAACGACUUUGUUGUUGAUGCCACAAGAAAAGGAAACAAGAUCCGCUUUGCAAACCAUUCUGUCAACCCUAACUGCUAUGCAAAAGUGAUGAUGGUGAAUGGGGAUCACAGGAUCGGGAUUUUUGCUAAGAGAGCCAUCCAGACCGGAGAGGAGCUGUUCUUUGACUACAGGUACAGCCAGGCGGACGCUCUGAAGUACGUCGGGAUCGAGCGGGAGUUGGAGAUCGCUUGAUUCUGACUUCUACCUCCUGCGGAACGACGACACAAAGGCCUUACACACCAACACAAACAAACACACCUUCACUUCAGGAAAUCCAGACGACUUGUCGAAAUGCUAGAAAGCUUCAGGAAUACUGGGAAUAUUUGAACAUGUUGAAGCAGAAUUUUGUUGCUGUCUUUUUGCCGAAUCUUUUUAAAAAAAGAAAAUACUUUUCAUAUCUGUUUCUCUCUCUUUUUUUUUUUUUUUCCUUUUGUGUGAUUUUUCUUCUGUCA